CAAUACGCAUAGUUUGUUGUUGCACACAGCCGCAACCACGUGCAACAAAUGGUGACUUCAGGACGGUGAGGCUUAAGCCAAAUGAAUCGUCGAAAUUUAUAGUACAGCAGAAAUUUUGUGCUUAAACAAGACCUUGUAAUAAUGUGCGAAAUGCAGCUGAACCAAUAUUUUUUACUUAUGUGUAUUGGAUUACUUAUCGUGUCUAUUGGAUCGUGCAUCAGUUUCAUCAUAUUACAGCCACGUGGAUUACCUUCAUGUUUCCAUUUGUGAUCAUCUUUCAGACAUGCGGAUUACCUUCAUCUUCCAUUAGUGAUAGUGUUCCAACAUCAAGCGAGUGGAUAAUUUCUGUACAUCAAGGUGAUAUUUUCUACCUUUUAUUCCGCACAUGGAUUCGUAUGUAUUCGUCAAGCGUGCAAUUUUCAAAUAGUCUAGAAGAAGAUGUUGUAAAGCCGAUGAAAGUUUUGUUAGAAUGUCAACAUAAGCAAAGAAAAUUUGUUGAAAAUAGUGUUGACAAAAUGUCGAAAGCUCUCAAUGAUAGAAGGAAUGAAGAACUUAAAGCUAAGAAGCUUAGUUAUGCUUGUGCCAGAGAAAAUGAAAGAAUGCAAGAGCAGGCUCUUGACUGCAAAGCCACCAAAGGAAAGCUUCUCACAGAGAAAGAUAUUCACAAACUUGAAGCUAAGAAGAGAAAAGCAGAAGAGCUUCUAACGCGGGCUGAUAUAGAUUACUAUAAUGCAUGUAAAAAAGCAGAACGAACAAGGCAAGAUUGGGAAAGUGCUAUUUAUAGGGCGAACACAGCUUUUCAUCACUUAGAAGAAGAAAGACUGAAUAGUAUGCAUGAUUUUGUGCAAAAAUAUGCAAAUCAUUACAGUCUUAUGGGACCUUCCCUCAUACAGCUUUCUGAAAGUUUAAAGUCAACUAUAAGUUUAGUAGAUGUAGCUGCAGAUGUUCAGAAACUUAUAGAAACUAAAGGAACAGGACCAAAUGUGCCAGAACAAUUUUUACCUGACUUUUAUGCAGAGAAUUUGAACAAUGAUAUGAAAAAAGAAAGACGAAAAGAAAUACUACAGAGGUUCUUAAAUCUUUUAAAGCAUGAUUUGGAACUUGAGAGGAAAGGCAAACAAGGCGUUGAAAAUUUAGCUAAAGUUUUCCAAGAAACACCUACAUUUGGAGAUGCUGAAGCACAGCAAGAUGUUUUUGAAAAGCUGCAAAAUAUGCGUGCAAUGUUGACUUACUUUGAAGCUACAAGGUUUAAGAUGCAGUGUACACUUGCUGAACUAGAAGGACGUAAUAAGCCUACUCAUCCAUUAUAUGCCCACAUGGAAGUGAAAAACAAGCAGGGUAUGAAUCAAACUGUUUUGAAAGUUCCUCACUGGGUUAGAAUGGAGCGGAGAAAUUCAGGAAGUAGCGGUUCAGGCUCAAGUGAUUCACCAGAUUACGACAUUUCUCAAGUACAAGAAAAUAGAAAUGAUGUGUAUGCAAAUAUACCUGCAAGUUCAAAUGGAGUUUCUUCCAUUUCAUCCAUGGUGCAAUGUCGAGCUUUAUAUGAAUAUGAAGCAAAAUUAAGUGAUGAGCUAACUCUUCAUCCAGGUGAUAUCAUCGUAAUGGUGCAAAAAACAGAUGACGGUUGGUGGCAAGGUGAACUAAAUGGAAUUGUAGGAGUAUUUCCAUCUACUUAUGUUGAAGAACUGUAAACUGAUUUUUAGUUUGAAUUCUUCCUUUAUUACGUUAAUAUGAAUGGAACAUGGGAAGCAUCUUAUAGGAGCAUGCCCAGUGCAAUUUGAAAACAUUCAGUUAUUUGAUGAAUUUUCACAUUCAUAAGCCAGUUUGCCAUCCAAAGUUAAUAAAUAGUUGUUGUUUACCAGCUUUGAGGAGAAAGGCAAGAAUACCCCUGAAUGUCAGAACUGAGUUUUACUUCAGUUUGUACUCAUUGAAUCAAAGGUGAAUUUCUUUAAAUGAGUACUUUUUUAAACACAAGGAAGUUUUAAAUAAUCAAUAAAAAAGAGGGAAGUUUGGAUUAAAAAAUCUGAUUGAAUGUAAGCCUAUAAAACUACCCAUCAUGAAUCCACAAACCUGUUUUAGCUCAUUAAAACAAACAAAGUGGAUGUCAAGAUUUCUUUAAAGAAUGCUACUUUAGACUCUUUUUAUUGGGACUUGAUUGACUGAAGUUUUGAUUUAGUAGUGAAAAAAGGAAGUUGUGAUCUAUGCAAUAGCAUGUACAGGUACAACACUAAUAGCUCUUAAAGACUUAGUCAUUUGAAUGAAAUCUAAAAGAUAGUUAACUUUUUGCAUGUACUGAAGUGUCAUAUUACAUUUGACAAUCCAAUAAUUAAGAAUAUGAGGUUCGUAAAAACAAACAAAAUAUAGUAACACAAGCAUAUUAAAAUAUUCUGCAAUUACUUAAAAAUUAACUCAGACAUUCUAGCAUAAAAUUUUCAUCAAGUUUUCAUUGUUAAUUUUAAAUUAAAUUGUGGCAAAAACUAAAGGCGACUGAACCAUAAACGAACUAAAAAGGACAUACCAUUAAAAAAAUAGAAUAGAAAGAAAAAUUGAAAUAAUGAUCUCAGGAUAACUUUCUAGUAAAUAUUACUGCCAUGCUAUGAAACAGUAUUUGCUGUUUUAAUUUUAAUUGCUCAAUGAAGUAUGGUAAAGAAAAAUCAUUCCAGUCAUUUCUAUGUUAGCAUGAUUCUUGACAAUAAUGGCUAUCAUAUAUCUCAUUUUGAAUUUAAAAAUGAAAGGAGUUUACCACAUAAAGUUUACCACAUUUUAAGUAUACCACAUAAGAGUUUGAUUCAUACAAUAAUUUAUAUUUGAAAAGAAUAAAUUACAAGUUAAAGCUUAUUUUAGGGGAAAAAGGAGCAGUUAUCUUUUAGUUUUAUAUUUUCACUAGGUGAACUGGUACAGAAAUGAAACACUUGUAAAAAGCAUAUAUAUAGGAAAACUAACCUUUUAAGGAACUAGUAAUAAAGUAAAAAUAUCAAAAACUGAACUGUACUUGCUAUAUAACAAUUACAUCGUAGCUGACAGCAUUGAACUAGGAAAAACAGAUUGUUUCUGGGAGGCUCCUACGCUAUGUGGUGACACCUUUUUCAAAGAAUUCCUAAUUGACUUAAAUUAAGUUUAAUGCAUGAUUCAGACUACUGCACUACAGUCAAAAGUCGUUAAUCCGGACUCGUCGGGACUUCGGCAAUUCCGGAUUAUCGAUUUUUCCGGAUUAUAGAUCAUCAGUUUAAAUCUGGUAAAAUGGCAUGCAGAAAUUAUAAAAU